AUGACUACUCGACGACAAUGCUUGCAAUCAUCAUAUGCAAUUAAUAAUGAGCAAGAUUCUCCAUAUAUUUCAUCGCAACAAGAAAAUGAAACUUAUAUUUGCUCAGUUGGAAGUAUAAAUGAGUACAUUGACUUUGGUGACAAAACAUUCAAAUGCUCUCAUUGCAAGGCUUUUUUCUGGCUUGAUGAGAAGCUUGCACGCUCAACCAAAACCAAUCCACAAUUCUCACUCUGUUGUCUUGGUGGAAAGAUUAGGCUUCCACGACCAUUAUCGACGCCUCAUGUUCUUGAUAAACUCCUGGACCCUGCAUUUGGUGAAGCUUCUAAGAAAUUCCGCACAAAUAUUCGAGCCUACAACUCUAUGUUCGCUUUUACAUCCAUGGGGGCUAAUAUAGAUCACUCAGUUAAUUGUCGACCUGGGCCCUAUGUUUUUAAGAUAAAUGGCCAUUGUCAUCAUUUAAUGGGUUCUCUUUUGCCUUCUGAUGGAGAGACUCCAAAGUUUGCUCAGCUUUAUAUUUAUGACACUACAAAUGAAGUUGCAAAUCGACUAGCACCGUUUCCACAUGGGAGCUCUGCUUCAACUUUAGAUGAAUCUGUUGUCAAGGAUCUUAUUGACAUGCUUAAUUCAACUAACUGUUUAGUUGGCUUAUUUCGUCAUGCUUCGCAAAGGCUGUCAAUGUCUGACAAUCCUGGAUAUAAACUACGGUUGCUUGGUCAAAGAACUCAUGACUCAAGACAGUAUAAUGACCCAUCUUCAGAUGAUAUUGGUGGCUUGAUUGUUGGAGAUAUUGGUGAUUAUCGUUCAAAACGAGAUAUUGUUAUUGAAAGUUCUUCAGGGACUUUACAAAGAAUCUCUAAAUUGCAUCCAAAAUUUAUGUCAUUGCAGUAUCCUCUUCUUUUUCCAUUUGGUGAAGAUGGUUAUCGAACUAAUAUUAGUUUUGCCAACCAUGAUAAUCAGGUUCCUAGAAGACGUCAAAAUAUACCGAUGAGAGCUUUUUAUGCCUAUCUUAUUCAUGAAAGGGAAUAUGGUGAAGACACUAUUACAAAAGGCGGUCGUCUUUACCAACAAUUUUUAGUUGAUGCGUUUACCAAUGUUGAGGAAGACAGGCUUGAUUACAUUAGAAUGAACCAAAAUGAUCUUCGGACUGAACUCUAUCAAUGCAUUAAUGAAGCUGUUCUUAGAGGGGAUAUUCAAGGGUCCAAGACAGGGAAAAUUAUUCUCCCCUCUUCUUUAACUGGUAGCCCGCGAUACAUGAUAAAUAAUUACCAAGAUGCUAUGGCCAUUUGUAGGGCAUAUGGAAAUCCAGAUCUUUUCAUCACAUUCACAUGCAAUACAAGCUGGCCUGAAAUCCGAAGAGAGCUUAAAAAAGGCAGACUUUAUAAACAUGAAGACAAGCCUGAUAUAAUCACACGUAUUUUUAGAGCAAAGGUUCUUGAUAUGUUGAAGUUCAUCAAAUCUGGUGUCCCUUUUGGCAAGACAAUUGCUGAUGUAUGCUCAAUUGAGUUUCAAAAGAGAGGGCUUCCACAUGCACAUAUUUUGGUUUGGCUUGCCUCUGAAUUUAAAUGUCGAACUGCUGAUGAUGUUGACUCGAUUGUUUCUGCUGAAAUACCAGAUAAGAAUAUUGAUCCUUUAUGUCAUGAAAUUGUCUCUAAGUUCAUGAUACAUGGUCCAUGCGGCGUUGCAAAGCCGAAUGCACAAUGCAUGUUGGAAUGUAGAUGUGCAAAGUCAUUUCCAAAAAAAUUCAAAGACUCAACUGUUUUUGGUGAGAAUGGGUUUGUUUAUUAUAAGCGACGUGAAUGCCACAAUAAUUUUGUUCUCAAGGAUGGAAUAAUGCUUUGCAAUGACUAUAUUGUUCCAUACAAUAAAGAACUUUUAAUGCGGUAUAAUGCACAUAUAAAUGUUGAGAUAUGCUGUCAAUCAAUGCUCAUCAAAUAUCUAUUUAAAUAUGUCAACAAAGGGUCUGAUAGAUGUCGUAUGGUGCUCCAAAAUGAAACAAAUGAUGAGAUACAAGCAUAUUUUAAUUGUCGUUUUAUCUGCCCUUAUGAAGCUGUUUGGCGUCUUUUCCAAUUUCCAAUCCAUUCAAGAAACCCUCCAGUUGAACGACUUCAGGUUCAUUUGCCUUUUCAACAAAAUGUUGUCUUCUCAGGUAGCGAGUCUCUCCAUUCUGUUCUUAAAAGGCCGAGUAUUAAUAAAACAAUGCUUACUGAAUGGUUCGAAUGCAACAAGAAAGAUUCUAAUGCACGAGAACUUUGCUAUUCAGAAUUUCCAAGCAAGUAUGUAUGGGAUGCUGGACAAAAAGAAUGGAUUACAAGAUCAAAGGGGUUUAGCCUUGGGCGUUUAACAUAUAUACAUCCUGCUGCCGGGGAACUUUAUUUUUUACGAUUGCUUUUAAACCAUAUUAAAGGGCCAAUAGGAUUUGUUGAUUUAAGAAAAGUUGAUGGGAUUGUUUAUCCAACAUUUCAACUUGCUUGCAAAGCAUAUGGGCUUUUAGGCGAUGAUAAAGAAUGGUCUGAGGCUUUUUGUGAAGCCAUCGCAACUGCAACAUCUCCACAACUUAGACAACUUUUUGUCAGCAUUGUUUUAUUUUGUGAAAUUGUUGAUCCUUUGGUUUUAUUCAAUCAGUUUUGGCAUUCAAUGCACGAUGACAUCCUUUAUAGAUUGAGAAUAUCUUUUAAAAUGCCAAAUUUGAUUUUAUCUGAUGAUCAGCUUAAAAAUUAUGUGUUAUAUGAGCUUGAACAACUUUUCAAUGAUGCUGCAACAACACUUCAAGAUCAUAAAUUGCCAAUGCCCAAUGGCCAAUUGUUAAUUGAAAUUAGGAACAAGCUUCUAAGAGAAGAACUUAAUUAUGAUCUUGCUGACCUUAAGAGUCAACAUUCAGUAAAUCUCCCCCUUCUCAACAAUGGACAGAAAAUAAUAUAUGAUUCAGUUGUUGCAGCUGUCCUUCAAAAGAAACAAAGUUUAAUCUUUGUUCAUGGUCAUGGAGGAACUGGUAAAACUUUUUUAUGGCAUACAAUCAUCAAUCGCAUCAGAUCUGAGGGGUUAGUUGUCCUUGCUGUGGCCUCAUCCGGUAUUGCAUCUCUUUUAUUGCCAGGCGGUCGUACAACCCAUUCAAGAUUCAAAAUCCCACUUACUGUUGAUGAAUUAUCAACAUGUGCCAUCAAGAAAAACACACAUCUCUCUAGCCUUCUUGAAAUAACUUCUCUUAUAGUUUGGGAUGAAGCGCCAAUGAAUAACAGGUGUUGUUUUGAAGCCCUUGACCGUUCAAUGCGUGAUGUCCUCUCAGGGUGUGACAAUUGUAGUCGAGAUCUUCCAUUUGGCGGUAAAACAGUUUUGCUUGGUGGUGAUUUUCGCCAAAUAUUGCCAGUUAUUCCUGGUGGAACAAAAGAAGAGAUAAUUAAUGCUUCUCUAAGCAGCUUAGCUUUAUGGCCUAAAUUUACUGUAUUAACUCUUACAGAAAACAUGCGCCUCUCUACUCAUGGUCUAGCCGCUGAAGAAAGAAUUGAAAUCAGCGAAUUUGCUAGGUGGAUUUUAAGCAUUGGUAAUGGUGAUAUCUCUGAUUUACCUUUCUCUGGUGAGUUAGAUGAUUCUUUUAUUAGUAUUCCCUCAGAUCUACUCCUUCAUGCUUCAUGUGAUCCAAUUCCAGCCAUUGUCUCAGCAAUUUAUCCAUCUAUUUCUGAGCCUCAAAUGGACCCCUGCUAUUUUAGAGAAAGAGCCAUUGUAACACCGAAAAACACAACAGUUGCUGAAAUUAAUGAUUUUGUACUUGCUAUGACGUCGGGCGACAAACAUAUCUAUCUUAGCACAGAUUCUAUUUCAACAUCAUCAAGAGAGACUGACAUUGCCAAUUCAUUAUAUCCAACAGAAUAUAUCAACCAACUUGAAUUCAAUGGUGUGCCAUCUCAUACACUUGCUUUGAAAAUCGGAACACCAGUCAUGUUGCUUAGAAAUAUCAACCCAUCUAUUGGUUUAUGUAAUGGGACAAGACUUAUAGUGACACAGCUUUCAGCAAGAGUCAUUGAAGCACAGAUAAUAACUGGGUCUAAUAUUGGUAAUAGAGGUAACGCAAUACAGGGCUCAGCUAAAGGCAAGGAUAUACAGUUGUUUACUACUUCUAUCAUUGAAGGUGAUUACUACCAAAUCAGCGGAUUCUAUACAUUUGAAAAUAGAUACACCAACUCUGUUGUUGCCCACGAAGCCGUUAUUGAUCUUAAGUCUGACACAAAAGUUGCAAGGCUUAAUCCACUGACACCCCAAGUACCACGCCAUUACUUUAACUUCAUCGACUUUGCACAUUUGUUGACUAAAGGAAAGGGAUCAAGAACACUCACUGAUGUACUCGGUCGAUUAAAAGCUAUUCAGCCACUUGAGCAAGUGUUGGUUCGGGGUCAAGACAUAACAGACAAGAAAGAGUUUAUCAUUGAAAAUAUCAGGGGCGAUGAACUUAGGAUAACUCUUUGGGGCGACGUUGCUAAAAGCUUUGAUGAUUCUGUUUUGCAUGAACACACAAAUCCAAUUAUUGUUGUUUUUGCUGGCUUUCGAGUCACUGAGUUUAAAGGAAAACCAAACCUUGCUAGCACUGUUGCCUCCUUAUGGUAUUUGAACCCAGAAAUUCCUGAGGUUCUUCCAUAUAAGCAUCAGUAA